AUGGUGAUAUAUCGGCUUCGUUUGCAGAUAUCAAGGCUGUCAAAUACUUCCAACCAGCUCAGUGGAUCAAUUCCCUCUGGACUUCUCAAAAGAGUUCAAGAUGGCUCCCUGAUUCUAAGAUAUGACAACAAUCCAAACCUGUGCGCCAACGGCAAUUCAUGCCAGCCUGCUAAAACUACAAGGAGCAACAUGUUGGUCAUUUACAUUGUGGUUCCUGUGGCUGUGAUUCUGGUGAUAGCAUUGGUGGUACUACUUUUUUGUUUUGUAAGACGGAAAAAGCCAGGAUCAGUGAGCAACUCCGUGAAGCCGCAAAAUGAGAUGGCGACGAGCUAUGCAAUAGUAAACAAUGUCUGUGGGGAUGGUUCGUUGCGACUCAAGAGUCGCCGGUUCACAUACAAGGAGCUUCAGAUGAUAACAAACAACUUCCAGCGAGUGCUUGGUCGGGGAGGGUUUGGGUACGUCUACGACGGCUUCUUGGAGGACGGCACCCAGGUAGCAGUGAAGUUGCGGUCGCAUUCUUCCAAUCAAGGAGUCAAGGAGUUCCUCGCAGAGGCUAAAAUUUUGUCUCGGAUUCAUCACAAGAAUCUUGUCUCCAUGAUAGGCUACUGCAAGGAUGGGGAGUACAUGGCACUCGUCUAUGAGUACACGUCUGAAGGAACACUGCAAGAGCACAUUGAAGGACUGGAGUACCUACACAAGGGGUGCUACCCACCCCUAAUCCAUAGAGACGUGAAGGUAACCAACAUCCUAUUGAACGCACAGAUGGAAGCUAGGAUUUCUGACUUUGGCUUGUCCAAGGCCUUCAGCAAUGACAAUGAAACCCACGUGUCCACGAACACGCUCGUUGGCACACCCGGAUAUGUUGAUCCAGAGUACCAGGCUCAAAAUUUGUCCCGGAUUCAUCACAAGAAUCUGGUCUCCAUGAUAGGCUACGGCAAGGAUGGGGAGUACAUGUACAUGCCACUCAUCUAUGAGUACAUGUCUGAAGGAACACUGCAAGAGCACAUUGAAGGAAGUAACCGCAAUGGAGCAUGUUUGACUUGGACACAGAGACUCCGCAUCGCACUUGAAUCUGCACAAGGGCUAGAGUACCUACACAAGGGAUGCUACCCGCCCCUCAUCCACAUAGACGUGAAGGCAACCAACAUCCUAUUGAACGCAAAGAUGGAGGCUAGGAUUGCUGACUUUGGCUUGUCCAAGGCCUUCAGCAAUGACAAUGAAACCCACGUAUCCAUGAACAUAUUUGUUGGCACACCCGGAUAUGUUGAUCCAGAGUACCAGGCGACGAUGCAGCCAACAGCAAAGAGUGACGUGUAUAGCUUUGGUGUCGUACUGCUGGAGCUAGUUACAGGAAAGCCGGCUAUCCUACAGGUUGCGGUGCCCGUCAACAUAAUCCAGUGGGUGCGCCAGCGACUAGCGCGGGCCAACAUUGAGGGUGUGGUGGACGAACGCAUGCGUGGUGGUUACGAUGUCAACGGGGUGUGGAAGGUUGCGGACAUCGCACUCAAGUGCACUGCACAAGCCUCGGUGCAGCGUCCCACCAUGACCGACGUGGUGGCACAAUUGCAGGAAUGUGUCGAGCUAGAGAAUGGGCGUGUUGGAGGCAACACAAACAACGGCUUCCACAUCGGUAGCAGCGGUGAUGACCCGAACUUGAGUUAUGAUGCCUACACCACUGGUACUGCUGAACGUUGAUAGUUCUAUGCCUCAUUGCCAGUCAGUCCUAAAGGCGGUCAUCAAUUCUAUUGUUUUUCCUCCUUGAAAUGGUAUGUAUGUGAUUUUGAAAUAUUUUGAGUUUUCAGAAGUGAGUCCAGAUGUAAAAAUUGUCCAUUAGACAUCUGAAGUGUGCUGUUUAAAGUUUAAAUUUUUUGAAGGAAUACCGCGGGGUUGAUGCUUACUGUUUGCUCUCCUUUUGCUCAGUACAACUUGCUUCUGCUCAGUUUUGGAGGGAAAGAGGGAACACAUCUUCUCAGGUUACAGCCAAUAUGGGAUCACUGUCUUUGCUACUCCCGCACAUUAUCCUCCGCCUUACUUCUCACGUUCAAUUGUUCCUUCUCCCACUUUCC